CUCCAUCAGUCAACACAUUACACGAUCAGACUGGAGUCAGUCUUACGAGACUGAUGGACUGACUGACGCCAACUGAUCGUGUAACCCACCUCUUAAACUUAAAUUUUACUUCGAUUUUUGCUUGAUGGAUCGGUUGAAUGUAUGAGCAGGAAUUGUUUUAAAAUCAUAACAAAUUCUUUACUUUACGAUUAACACAUAAACGAGCUAGAUAAAUAUAAAUAAGAUUUAAUUAAGUGAUAUGCCUCCUGUAAAAGAUGAAACGAUAAGAGAAGGUAACUGUUUGGAAAUAAUAAAUAUCGUGGAGAAAAGCCCAGGAAAAAGUAGUGCUCUGGUCGACGUGAGAGCCUGUAACAAACCUGCCACUAAGGUAUGGUUUCGUGGCGUGAGAAGUUCAAAGUUCCGCCAUGUUUACGGCGUGCCAUUCAAAAAAGAACGUUGUUACGACAACAUAAAGAUCACUCGGAAUGCCCAUGACUCGAAUUUCUGUGCUGUGAAUCCAAAGUUUGUGGCCAUCGUCACCGAGGUAGCUGGAGGAGGCGCAUUCCUUGUUUUACCAUUGGACCAUACUGGCCGGCUAGAUUUCAACGCGAGCCGUGUGACCGGCCACAAAGGCCCAGUGCUGGACAUCAAGUGGAACCCCUUCAACGAUAACAUCAUCGCGUCGUGUUCCGAUGACUGCACGGUCAAACUAUGGCACAUCCCGGACGGUGGUCUAUCGAUGCACCUGACUGACUGGCUGGUAGAACUGCAAGGUCACAAACGCAGAGUGGCUUACAUAGAAUGGCACCCUGUCGCCGAGAACAUUCUCUUCAGCGCUGGCUUCGACUAUCUGAUAUUCGUGUGGGACGUAGGCAAAGGCGAAGCGAUGCAAGUGAUAGAUUGCCACACCGAUGUGAUCUACUGCAUGUCGUUCAAUCGCGACGGGUCAUUGCUGGCGACCACGAGCAAGGAUAAGAAGCUGCGCAUCAUAGAGCCAAGACGGGGCAUUGUUCUAUCAGAAGCGCCAUGCCAUCUAGGCACCAAAGCGUCCAAGUGUACAUUCCUCGGCAGUCGCGGCAAAGUGUUGACGACCGGAUUCUCGCGAUAUAGCGACCGCCAGUACGCAGUAUGGGACCAACAUGAAUUAGACAAACCACUCGUCUGUGAAACCAUAGACAGCUCCUCUGGCGUCGUGUUUCCGUACUUCGACUAUGACACCAAUAUGGUGUUUCUCGCUGGGAAGGGUGACGGUAAUAUCAGGUACUACGAAGUUGUGGACGAACCGCCGUACGUGCAUUUCCUCAAUCAAUUCCUAUCAGGCAAUCCGCAGCGAGGUCUCGGAUUCAUGCCCAAACGCGGGCUUAACACUAGCGCGUGCGAAGUGUUCCGCUUCUACAAGCUGCAUACAUCGCGCGGCCUGUGCGAACCCAUCUCUAUGAUCGUGCCGCGCAAAUCUGAUUGCUUCCAGGAGGAUUUAUAUCCCGAUACGGCUGCGCCUCUGCCCGCGCUCUCCGCCAAGGACUGGCUCAACGGCAUGAACGCGCUGCCUCUCCUGAUCAGCAUGAGGACCGGCGUAACUAUAUCAACACACAAACCUCGCACGAGCAACAAAGACGCGCCUGCGAUGCAGCCACAAGACGCCAACAACAGGAAGAAAUUCGCAUUCCUAUCGCGGGAGACCACGCCCGAUUACCGGCCUUUAGGCACCUGGCAACCCGACUCUCAAGACGACGCGCCCAUGGUGCAAGUAACAGAGAAGUGCCAGAAAACGAAUGCGAAUCAGAACACAAAGUUCCACCAACUGCAGCGGAUGUUUGGGAAACAGUCGGGCGACACUGAGCCCGUGCCUCUCUAUAAGCAGAUCAACCAGGGAGAUGUGUUUAGUACCGAACAUGAGGCAGCAGACGGGACUUGGACCCGCACCCUUCGCUAUCCGGGCAAAUGCACUGAACAAUGAACAAUAAAUUUGGCGACUUGAAAACCGUGAAGCGUGCUUCGAUCAACAAUUACUUCAAGCCGCCAAAGAAAAUCAACCAGUUUCUGCGACCUGUCAAUAUGGGUAUAUUGAAGUUUCAAGUUGCUGGAGGCUAUAAACUUGAAUGCGACUGUGGGCUCUCCUACAUCGGGCAAACAAAGAGGAGUAUAGGGACUCGGGUUAAAAGAACAUAUCGCAGAUAUAAAACAUAGGCGCGAAAAUAAGUCUGCAGUGUGUGAACAUGCAUUAGGGGGAUCAAACCAUUACAUUAGAUUUGAUAAACCACAGAUCCUCGCAACUGAACAACGAUUCAUUCCUAGAAUGAUACGCGAAGCUAUUGAGAUUAAGAAAUAUCCAAAUUUCAAUAAGGAAGAUGGUUAUAUACCACCAGCUUGGGAACCCAUUAUACAACAGAUAAAAUCCCAACCCCAAGCACACACUGCAACACCAAUAGAUACUGUUAGUUUUUUUUUUUGCAUAAUUAACAAUAAAGGGCGAUAGAAAGCCUCUCUGAGUUUGUUUCGCCGAUUCUUCUUAGAAAGGUCUCCCAAUUUUGGAACCGGUGGUAGAUUACGGUAGUUAGGGUCAAAUAAAUAAACUUAAAAUUAUAUAUAAAAAUUACUUUAUUAAUUAAAUUAGCUAAUAAAUUCAAGCAUAGACAAUAAAGUUUUAAAAAUCUUCUAAUGAAAUAUCCGAACACUCAAUAAAAGUCUUUCGAAGAUAUCUCGACAAAGUAAAUAAAAAAUCAUUAUUUCUGAAGACAAAAUCCUGAAAAGGCUGCGAAACGUCAGAUAAAUAAAUUCAGUGCAUAUAACCCGUAAAAUAUGACCUAUCAAGUUCAGCGUUACAAUUUUUUUCGUUAAACUACCCAUUUUGUUCCCAGUUGCGGCUUGCGUUCAAUCGGCAAGGCGAAGAGUUGAGGAUCGUUAAACGGCAACUGCAGAACAGUCAGCAACGAGUGAAAGAGUUGGAACAACACGUGGCUGCACUUCAAGCUCUCAUACAACGCGACGCCGACGCCGCGUAGCUUCCACAUGACGGUAAAUGCUGCGUGUCUUCAGAGUCACGAAGAAUGGAUAAUGCUAUAGCGUUGCUUUCAACGUUUCGAAUGCCUUUAUAAUUGCCUAGUACCCACGUGUUGGCGCAGGGUUUCAGCUUGAAUGCCAAUGUGCGAUACUGAAAACUUACGAGAACCUAUUUUAAUUAGGUACUUUUUCCUUUAAAUAAUAGUAAAAGUUCCGAAAUAGAUAGAACUCUUUAGAUCGCGAUUUAUUUCCAAAAAAAUGAUUUUGCAAAAUGAUGG